AUGGACGCGUUGGUUGUCAAAGCCUCCAACGACACUCCGAAACUCGUCAAAGAGUCACUUCCGACGCCAAAGUCUGGAGACCACCAGCUUCUUGUCAAGGUAUCUCAUGUAGCUCAAAACCCGACCGAUGUCCAGUCCUUUGACGGCAAUGCUUUCGGCGACGGUGCUGUUCUCGGAUGCGAUUUUGUUGGCGUGGUUGAAGAAACAGGCCCCAACGUCACCGGAAUCACUAAAGAGACUAUCGUCGCUGGCCUGAUCUGGGGAGGCGAAACCAAGGGACUUGGGGGUUAUAGCGAGUAUACUCUUGCAGAUUCGCGGAUUUGCUUCCCGGUUCCUCCUGGUCUGGCCUCGGCAGAGGCUGCGACACUGCCUCUCGCAUCGACCACUGCCUUGCUCAGUUUGUUCUCCAAGGACUGCCCGGCCAUCGACGCUAGUGCUGCCGAAACCACCGCGGUUCUCGUUUGGGGUGGUAGUUCAAGCGUCGGCCUCUACGCCAUCCAAAUCGCGAGGCUGCAUGGGUUACAAGUCAUCACGACUUGCAGCCCGAAACAUCACGACCUCGUCAAGUCUUAUGGAGCGAAACACGUCUUUGACUACCGGGAUCCGCAAGUAGUCGACAUGAUCCGAGGUGCAGCACCUCAGCUCCGCUACGUGUUUGAUACCAUUGGGAAUGAGACUUCUUCCGGAACGGCUUCUCGAGCCAUCAGUCACCCUAAUGGCGUCCUGUGCACAGUCCGCCCUGGCAAAGCAAACACAGAAGAUGUGUCUAAGGACAUCAAAGUGACAGACGUUCUCGUCUGGACAGCUUUCCUAAAGGAGCACCGUUACGGAACUUUUUAUUGGCCACCCAACGAGGCAGACCACAGGUUGGCUUCUGAGUGGUUUAAGAAGUUACCAGAUCUCUUGUUAACUGGCGAGAUCAAGCCCAACACACCCAAGAUUUGUGAAAAGGGUUUGGAUGGGGUGUCUGAGGGAUUUGAGGAGUAUCGUCGCGGUAUCAUCUCGAACUACAAACUUGUCUACAAACUGUAG